ACAACCGUGUGUAUAUAUAUAUAUAUCAUGAUAUUGUUAUUUAACAAAAUAGUGUUGAGAUAUCCUCCCGGUUUUUCGUUUUGGUCGCAUAUAAUUUGGAUUUAAGCUAAAUAUGUUGUAUAAUGAUGUUGAGAUAUCCUCCCGGUUUGUUGUUCUGAUAGUUAGAGCAUACUUAUUAAAAUAAUUAGAACCACGUUCUGGGUACCUGUGCAGUUGACACUUGUAGGUAUCCUAAUGCAAAGCCGGCUCAGAAACAAUGGACAAGGUGACGUAUAGCAAACGCGUGAGAGAGAAGCCAAAAGAGCUUUCGGAUGGUUCUGUAGACCUGGCCAAUGGCCAAUUAACUAACCCUCCAAGGAUUUGGUCACCUUGCUGAAAUCCAUUUCUAUAUAAACGGGAUAUGUAAUUGCAUGCUCCCACACCACCACAACACGAACAAUUAAUCCCAGUCCUUGCUUGCUCAAUAGUUGGAACUUGGAACCCAAAAAGAAAGUUCGUACAUUACUAUUCUUUGCCUUUUCCUUUAUUCGCAAUGUCUCACCGGAUUGCUUUUCUAGGCUUUGUAGCUCUUGCUGUUUGCGCAAGUCUGUCAUUGGCUGCCGAACCCGCCAGCCUUCAGGAUUUCUGUGUAGCAGAUGCUAGCAGCAACACCCGAAUGAACGGCCUAGCCUGUAAGGAUCCUGCCAUGGUUCAAGCAAGCGAUUUUGCUUUUAGUGGGCUUCACAUUCCUGGCAACACCUCAAAUGCAGUGGGCUCCAGGGUCACUCCGGUUUCGGUGACCCAAAUUCCAGGACUUAACACACUUGGAAUCUCAAUGGUUCGAAUUGACUAUGCUCCCUGGGGUAUCAACUCAUUCCAUACUCACCCUCGUGCUACCGAGAUCCUAACCGUGAUCGACGGCUCUCUCGAAGUUGGAUUCGUGACAUCGAACCCUGAGAAUCGCCACAUUACCAAGAUCCUUAAGAAGGGAGACGUGUUCGUCUUUCCGGUUGGGUUGAUCCACUACCAACGCAAUAUUGGGUACGGAAAUGCUGUUGCUAUAGCUGCAUUAAGCAGCCAGAACCCUGGAGUCAUCACCAUCGCCAAUACUAUCUUUGGAUCCAAACCCGACAUAAAUAUUGACCUCCUCGCCAAGGCAUUCCAAGUUGACAAGAGUGUUGUGUGGCAACUCCAAACUAAGUUCUAGGACUUCGAAGGACUACUUUGAUCAAGGGGUGAUACAAGAAAUACUCUCGCAAUUUUAAAAUUCUUUUCAAUUUAUCUUUUAUAUGUCGAAUUAAACGCCAUGACCAUAUGGUACUUGUUUUUUUUUUUUCUGGUUCCAAGACUUUCAUAGUUUUCAAUAUUUCUAUUUAAUUGAUUUAUGUAUGUGUCCUACUCAAUAUUAUUAAAAGUAAAAUCCUUUAUACUAUUGUUUAAUGGUUCUAUUAAUAUUUUUUAGCACACAACUUUGUUCUCUUAUCUUUGAUGGAGGUUGUUUAUCUCUGAGGUGAUAGCAUAUGGGCAUAUAAUUCUCCUAUCCAUAAAAGAAUGUUCCUUCUUCUCCUUCAUAUUGACCUUGUGAUCGAGGUUAUUGGCUCGUAUGAUGUUCUCUUAUCUUUGAUGGAGGUUGUUUAUCUCCGAGGUGAUAGCAUAUGGGCGAUAAAAUUCUCCUAUCCAUAAACGAAUGUUCCUUCUCCUUCAUUCUGACCUUGUGAUCGAGGUUAUUGGCUCGUAUGAUGAUGAUCUCACUAUGAGGUAUUAGUCUAUGAUGAUGGUUACAACCUAAGAUUAUUUAAACUAACCUGUGAUAAUUACAUUAUGCAUCAAAGGCUAGUAUGAAUGCACAAUUUAAUAUAAUAUCUUGAUUUUUUGUUUAAUAUAAUGUCAUAUGUAUUAUUCUUCAUAUUAUUUUUUUAUUAUUAUAAGGGUGAUAUAUGUUAAUUUUUUGAUUAAGUACUACUAAAGGUGCUCGAACCUGAAACCUGCAGGUUCAAAACUAGUGGUAUUACCAAUAGACCAAUCUCUUGUUCAUUCUUCAUAUAAAAUUAUUUAAAGUAAAAAUUUAAUUUAAUAGAAAAAAUUUAAUUAUCGUAUUUUCAAUGAAUUUUCAUCCUACCUGAUCUAAAUUUUGACUCCAAAAUUAAUUGGUGAGUUUGGGUUUACCAAUAACUCAACCCAUGAGUCAUCGGAUGAGUGUUAAAAAAUGCUAAAAAAAAACUAACCGACCCAUGUACACCUUUAUCGAUCACCACACAGUUGGGAUGAAAUAGGGAGGAUCCAAAAGAGAGGGACAGUGAUCAGGUAUAAAAGGUUGUUUUGUUAAGCUAGAGGAAAGAGAGUUGGGUUUUCGGCGAAAAAUAUAAUAGGGGCGUUCCAAAAAAGGGAGAGCGAUCUAGAAGUGAUCUUAAAGCAUCUAAUGACCAAAGCAUCUCACUUAACUAUAGAAAGAAAAUGCAUAAAGCAUCGACAGAAUUUACAUCUUUAACAAUGAAUUUAAAUUAGCAUUAUUACAUAAGAGAGAAGGAUGGUACCACCAUUGAUGAUGGACGCAUCUCUUAACUACAACAUUCUAUGUACGCUAAAUUGAUCUCCAGUCAAGGCAAGUGCCUCCUUACUCGGGUCUAUACAGAGUAAGUUUGUGUUUAUUUUUUGCUGUGUGUCGAAUCCUAGAGCUUGACCCUCUAUUUAUAGUACUUCGGAGAAGAAGGUUUUAGAACUUUUCCUCCUAAAACUAGACCAAAAGCUUCCUUGUAUGACUUGAACUUGGAUUUCCUUGACUUUGGAACGACGUAAGGAAUAUUUGAGAAGAUUGCAUAGGCUUGAGCUUUAGGGAUGACCCUUUGGAUGUCACCACUACGGAUUUUUUUCCCCUCCAUUGGGCUUCUUGGCCCACAAGUAACCUCUCCGUCGAUUUUGGCAAAUACUUGAUGGUUGGGUCUGGCGGCCCAACGAUGGUUGGACCCAUCACUAAUUCCUUCGUCUAUUUGGGCCAAAAUUUCUCUAAUGGUGUCAACUUGGGCUCACAUGAAGGAACUUGUACGGCCUCCCUUCAUUUGGCUUAAUUUGGCUUCAUUUUCAUAGAUGAAUUACUCCUUGAUCUUUCGAUGAUUAUCCCUUUGAUCCUCCUUUUUUAUCCAAUGACUAACCCAAUUCCUCCUUCAUUGUGUUUGACCUUGAGAAACACAAAAAAAAAGGAAUAAAAUAAUACUAAAACACGACUUAUGUCUAUUAUAAGAACAUUGAUCAAAUAGUUAUGAAAUCCAUACGAAAUAUGAUAAAAUGUACUAAAGAUGCAUUGAUAUGAACCAUUAUUUAUGUGUUGAAUAUAAGGAGAAAUGUAUAACAUGUGAUAAGUGAUAAACACUAUAAUUUGAGAGUUAUCAACACAUGAGUCUCCUCUCCUUCGACCGAUUUGUACUAGAGUGGUUAUUAAAGAGGAAGAAGAAGAUCGUGCCGACAUCGUUUUCCCUCAAGGAGAAGCUCUCUAUGGAACAUUACCAUUUCCACUUGAUUUCUUCUUUCCUGUAGAACGUCAUUGUUCGUGCUUUCCCAUUAUGUUUGAUACUUUCUGCACAAGAGUACUUUGUUUCCUCACCAAGCUACCAAACAAACUUUGUGGAGCUAGUCUGUCUUGUUCCAUUGAUCUGCCUAUAAAGGGUGAGAAUUGAAUGAAAGAGAAUCAAGCUUAGGGUUUUCAUACCAAACUUGUUGUUAUGCCCCGGCUCCAAACCAAGCCACCGUCCGCAAUUGCAGAUAACCAAGCUACAAACCCGUAGCCACAACCACCAAAAAGGCCUUGAAGAUAUCAAAAGGUGUUUGGUGAACCCGCAGACACAUCUUUCAGUCACAGACACAUCUGUAGCAAUUCUGUUGGCUCAAGAGAAUGAUUCUGGCAAUGAGCAAGCAGUCUUUUUGGCAUUGUCCCGGCCAAUCAUCCAUGGUAGGAUUGGUAAGUGGACACUUGCAUUGUCCAAAUUCAAUUUGAAGUAUGUGCCACAAUGGGCAGUUAAGGGUCCAGCCCUAGCAGAUUUUUUGGCAGACCAUCCAUGUGUGGGUAUGCCAACAAAGCAAGUAGAAGUUGGGAUGGUUGAGGAGAUGCCUUGGAUGUUGUUCUUUGACGGCUCAUAGACACGUUCAGGAGAAGGAGUAUGAAGCUUUGGAUGUUGGUUUAGAUAUGCUGGUCAAUCAAAGGCAAAGAAUGUC